AAAAUUAAAUUGCCUAAAUGCUGACAUUACAUUUGAAAAAUACUGAUAUGUGCUUGUCUGCUGUUUUUUCUCAUUCCUUUUCAUGUCUUUUAUUUUGCAGUAAUAUUUUGCCUAACCUAUUAAUCAUUUUAAAUUUAUAGUUAUAUCAGCAAUUAAGAUAUAUUUAUAUUUUUCAUGUUUGAGAUUCUGCUAUUUACAAUGAUAUAUAAGAUGAGUAAUCAAUUCUCUAGGUUAACUUAAACUAAUUUACUGUAGUGCAAUUUGACUAUGUUAGUUGUCUGUCCAAUAAUAUUGUUAAAAGUGCAUGCCUUUUUCUGGGAGGUUUUUGUAACCUGCAAAUAUAAAGACCUUAGAAUCAUCCUAUAUGUUUGGACAUGUAACUCUUUUUUUGCAGCUAUUCAUUAAAGGAAGCACAUUAGUGAGUUCAGUUAAGAAAAACUUGAUAUGAUGCAGAUUGGACCUAGGUUGGCUAGCCUAAGCCAAGGGAUAAGACUUUAGGUACUGUCUUGGCCUGAAAUCCCAAUCUAGGUAUUAUUAUUUUGCUAUUUGGAAAAUAAGAGGACAAUGCAAGCAAAGGGGUUGAAGAAUUGUAUCUGGAAAUAAACGAUGCAAGCCUCCCAAAUCAAUAAGUAUGCCCCUUUCACCAAAAAAGGAAAGCUUAGAGGGCAGCUUUAAUAGCAGCCUGCCCAAACUGGUGAAACAAGUAGGGAGAAAAUGAAGAAACAAGGACAGACAGAACUGGGAGUAGAGAAACACCUGCUGUGUGUAUUGUUCUAGUUUCUUAAGCCUUGGAUUUAGCAUCAAGCCUUCAACGUCCAGUUUUAUGGCUGUAAUGGAAUUCUAUUACUGAGUUUGGGGAAGAAGGGUGUUUAGCUCUUUCUGUUGCAGAUCAAACUUUGUGAGAAAAUGAAAAUCUAUUAUCGUGCUUGCAUGAGCAUUGAUUUGGUUUUUAUAAGAGACAUGAAAACCCUGUUGACAUUUGUAGGAAAUAUGAUAAGUGGCAUGUCUUUAAUAAAGUAUAAAAAGGACUACUAUAAUGAAUAUUCUUUUAGUUGUAUAAAAGACAAGCUUAGCUUUGGACGAACCUAAAACAACACAGAAUUGGCUAGACUAUGCCCAUUUACAUCUAUUUGUUUGAUUGUUUGACUUUGAGCUAUCUCAUCAGUUAGUAAAUACCAAAUACAAGAAUGUACUUUUGAGCUUUUAUUGCAGACUUAUUGAUUUUGCAUUUGGUUGAUCAUGUUUUAAUUCUGUAUGUGCGUGCGCGUGCGCAUGCUCACUCAUCCAUAGCAUGUCGUGUCCUACUUUUGUGGAUUUUGCUACAUCACUACGUCUAUGUCCUUACUUUGUAGCAAUCAAAACCUGAAAAUGUCAUUUCAGUAAAAAAUGUUAAAAGGGGCAUAACAAAUGGAGAUAUUAGUGAAAAUACUUGACCUACCAAUUGGGAAAUGCUGAAUAAAGAUGAGGAUUGCUCAAGAUUAUCCCAAACAAAAAAUCACGUUCUGCCUUUUCUGAAUUCACAUCUCUCGCUUGAGGUUAGCCCAUUUAUGGAUAGGCUUUUGUGCAGGCCUAAAUUGUACAAGUACUAUGUGAUUCUGCUUGUUGAGUUGAACUUGCAACCUUAAGGUUGAGUUUUAUGGGGCAGGAUUGCAAGUACUUAUCAAACCAGCACAGUGGCAUGAGUUUGAAUUCAGCAAAUCAAGCCCUCCAGAAAUGGGGUUAAUGCUGCUUAACAUUCAAGCAUUUCAUUUUCCCUGGAUCCAUUUGUAAGCAAGGGCUUUGUGCACUUGGCCAACCUGUAGGGUUGAGUUUGAGUUGAGCUAUGGCGGAAAAGCCUAGUUCAAGUUCAAAAUCUUAGUUCAAGUUCAUGGAAAUACUUCUUCCAUGUUUAACCUUGUCCAAACUCCUAUCAAGCCUUUACCAAAGAUGGUUUCCUGAAAAAUUGUGUUUGGAUCCAGCAUGCUGCAUGCCUAAUAGAUGGUUCUUGGCAUUAAGAAAAAUAAAUUAGUAUUUUGCAUAUUUUCUGUGCAAAGAAGUAGUGCACUUUAAAAAUGACGCUAUAUGAAUUAUUUUUAUUUUUAUGAAAAGAGAAUUGAUCUGGCAUUAAAAGCUAAGGUGUCAAACUGAAUUUACUAAACUAAGAAAUUUACACAUGCUAUUAUACCUACUGUUGUCAAUUAUAUUUUGGGCUGUGCCUUGCCAACCAUGACAAUAUGCGUAUGUUUAACAUUAUGUUGUUUAUAGACCUAUGCCAGUCAAAUCUCUUUCAGGCCAAACUGCGUACUGCUUACCAUGGCAGUUUGCGGGACAGAUAGACAGGUUUGGACAUUUCAAAAUAUGGCAUGGUGCAGGAUCUGUUUUGGUUGCUGUUUCUUUUUCUUCUGUUUUUGGUGGUUGCAUGCCUUGCAAAAUCUUUGGCACCACUUCUUCCGCAAUGCAAACUGUGGGGUACAGCGUGUUUGCAGCAAUCUUUAAUGUGGGCUGGGCUGCUACUCAAGUUUCACACAUGUCCAUGGUGAAUUGCAUCACCCUAAAUUCAACAAGCAGGGUAGCGCUGGCUAGCUGUCGCAAUGCCUUUACAAUGGUCGCCAAUCUUAGCCUAUAUGCCAUUGCUUUUAUCGUGUUCAACGUCAGUAAAGCCAGGACACAUGUUGAUACUGAAAAUCAGUACCAUUGGAUUGCAUAUCUAUCAAUUAUUAUUGGAUCCUGCUUUGUGGGAGUAUUUCAUCUUGGAACCAAAGAGCCAAGACUGAAGCAAGGUUUUCAAGGAAAAAGUCAUCGAAGGAUUUCAUGGACUUAUUGGUUCAAGAAAGUUUUGUACUAUCAAGUUGCCGUUGUGUAUAUGCUCACAAGACUAGUGACUAAUGUUUCACAGGCAUUACUUGCAUUAUAUGCCAUUAAUGAUCUGCAAAUGGCCCAAUCAUCGAAGGCUCUGGUUCCUGCCAUUAUCUACAUAUGCAGCUUCAUCGUGUCUAUCCUUCUGCAGGAGAUUUCCUGGAAUGGCCAACGCUUGAAGGCCUUCUACUCUACUGGAGGCAUACUUUGGAUAUUUUGUGGUGCAGGGAUCCUACUUUUACCAAGAAACUUGAGUGGUUUUAUGUACAUUUUAUCAGUAGUUAUUGGCAUAGCAAAUGCAUUAAUGACGGUGACUGGAGUUGGUAUGCAAAGUUUUCUGGUUGGUGAAGAUCUCAAUGGCUGUGCAUUUGUUUAUGGAUCACUAAGCUUCUUGGACAAAAUCUCAUGUGGGCUUGCCUUGUACAUUCUUGAGUCGCAUGAAAGUACCUCUCCAAAAAUGCUGUGGUGCAACUCAAUUUCAAUGCUUGGUUGUUUUUCAAUAACAAGGUACGGGUUGGGUCUGCUUCCAGCAUUUUGUGCGCUUGUCGGGUCAGCCGUGACCUGUUCUAUGGAACUUUCUACACCUAUCUCAAGAACUUCAAUGGAGCCGUUCUUGGCCUGAAACAAGUGCUGAGAAGGACCCUUAGCUUUAUACUUCCCAACUUACUAUAUACCUGAAAUAGAAGGACUUGUCUUCCAUCGAAGACAUAAAAAGGUUAAUAGGCUCACAAGGUUUUUAUUUCCUCCCUUGAAUUUUUUUUUGAAUUUUGGUGGCAUUGCCAAUACACCCACGUACGAUUUAUUUGUGUUCAUAGACAUAUGUUUAAUAAGGUUUGAUUUUAGAAAUUGUUGUACAUUAUAACAUGUCCAAUUGGGUUGAAUUGUAUUGGUGCUCAAUUUGAUAGGGCAGGGCAGUUGAGCGCCGAAAACCCAUUAAUACCUGUACCUGAUUUUAGUCCUCACUUUAUGCUUAGUGCGUUAGAAUUGAAUUGAAUUAAAUUUAUGAAUUUGAUUUUUAUGCA